GAGUUCUCGCAUAGCUAUUUUGAGCAGCUGGACUCUUGAUUGCUUGUUGCGUACCGACACAAAGUUGCUAACAAAUGCGUACGUGUGCAACCAAAUCAGCCAAUGUGCAGAUCUGAUUCAGUUGCUUGUACGAUUAAGCAUCUGACGUGGAACCCUGAAAUGCUUGCUAUGACAAUCUAUCCCAAAAGCCAUCAGGCAGCAAAAUAAUGCAUACGCUAAAAAUGCCAAUAUUCAAUCGACCAACGAGAUCCCGACCCACGUAUCUCAUGAUAAUUCUCCAUGACUUCACCAAGCCAGAAUGAGGUUGCAUCGGAGAUAUGAGAAGCCCCCCGCCAAGCAACAGUUUGUUCUCUUGGCCCAAGGCUGAGAGAACGCCCGGGUUCUGUGUGACAGACCUUGAUCUUAUCUCGACAUUAUCUGAUACGGAUGGGCGAAUCAUUACCAAGACCGUCAAUCUUACAUGCAUGGAAUUCCUUCUAGCCAGCUUCUGGAAAUGGGGUUUUGGUGGAGACAUGGUCACGAGGCUCUUGUUUUCUCUCUUGGCGGGCAGGAUAAACGGUGCCGAUGCUUCGGUGCUUCCGAUUAUGGGGAAACCGGUCUCCACCCGGCGGAUGACGGUCCGGGGUUAUGUCAGCAUCUCGGCCGACCAGUGCCGUCCGUAGGCUCCACAUGUUGUCAUUGGAAUUCCGCUGGAUGGGAAGUGAGGGGAGAAGAGAUAAGGGGAACCAAGGGAUGGACAAAAGUAAGGGAC